GUCUGUGUUGGCGUAGCGAAAUGGAAUACACAUUUAAGUAAAAUCGAGCCAUUUAUGUGUAAUCACUUGCGUAGAACGAAAGUAAUUUGCAAAAAAGUGAAGUUGAUUUUUGUCUAAAAGUCUUUUUUUUUGUCAAAUUUGUGUUCCAAUUAAUUUAUUAAUAGAAAAAGUUUAUCUCAAUUUUAAUCGCAAUGUAUCAUCCACGUCUCCGUAGCAUUCAUUCACCGUUGACUCCCAUUCCGCCAAUGAGUCAACAGUCCUCAUUCGACUUUUCUCCAGCUGCAAUCAAUCGUUGCCUGGAAGCGUCGAAAAGUACAACUCCAUCCGUUUUGAAGUCACGGCGUAACUAUACUCCAAGUUUCUUAGAGCUUUCACCGCCCGAUAUAUCACCCAUUGAUUACAUUCCGAAUUCGGCUAAUCGAAUUGUAGUUUCGCCAAACUCAACCAUCGGCUCCAACAAUUCCCUCAGCAAAUGCGGUGAUCAGAUAUCGUGCGAUUUGGAUGACGAUCAGCCGGACAGUUUUAACGCUUCGAACAUCAACAAUCGUCAUUUGAAUAUCAGUUCGGUUCUAGAUGAAAUCGGAAUGAAGCAGUACAAAUCAUUGUUUGAAACAGAAGAGAUUGAUUUGAUGGCUUUCCUGCUGUUGACGGAUGGGGACCUUGAAGAGAUUGGCGUUGAGGAUACAUGUCAUCGUGAGCUCUUCACUGGCGCCAUUGAAAAGUUAAAUAGCAUGCUCAAUUAAACUUAUACCGUCACUUUUAUUGAUUUUAUUUACUUUGGAGGGUUCACUUUACCUUGUAUUAUUAUAGACGAAGGCUGUGCCUGAUGCAAUUUUUUUUAUGUCUAAUUAAAGGCUUUCGAUUUUA